AUGGCCCCUGGCCGGCCGCUGGCCCUUGCCUUGCUGCUAGCCCUCGCCACCGCUGCUGCUGCCACCGCUGUCACUGCCCCGGGGGCCUCGUGGAGCGCCGUGCCCCGGAGAACUGUCCUCUAUGCCGAACUGCGGGAUGCAGCCAAGCGCUUCUCCCACGGGGGGGUCUCGCACUACCUGACGCUGACGCUGGACGAGGCCGAGGGGCUGCUCUACGUGGGGGCUCGGGAGGCCCUGUUCGCCCUGGCCACCGGCACCGUGGAGCUCAAGGCAGCGAUCUCCUGGGAAGCCCCGGUGGAGAAGAAGGCUGAGUGUGUGCAGAAGGGCAAGAACAACCAGACUGACUGCUUCAACUACGUGCGGUUCCUGCAGAGCUACAACAGCUCCCACCUCUACGCCUGUGGCACCUACGCCUUCCAGCCCAAGUGCACCUACAUCGAACUGUCCGGAUUCACCCUGGACCAAGUGGCAUUUGAGGACGGCAAAGGGAAGUGUCCCUACGACCCCACCAAGGGGCACACUGGCCUCAUCGUGGACGGGGAGCUCUACUCAGCCACCUUCAACAACUUCCUGGGCACGGAGCCUGUCAUCCUGCGCAACCUGGGCCCGCACUACUCCAUGAAGACGGAGUAUCUCACCUCCUGGCUCAAUGAGCCCCACUUCGUGGCCUCAGCGUUCGUGCAGGAGAGCUCGGGCAGCAGCACCGGCGAUGACGACAAGGUGUAUUUCUUCUUCAGCGAGCGCGCGGUGGAGUACGACUGCUAUGCUGAGCAGGUGGUGGCCCGGGUGGCCAGGGUGUGCAAGGGGGAUGUGGGUGGUGCCCGGACGCUCCAGAAGAAGUGGACGACAUUCCUGAAGGCCCGUUUGGUGUGUUCAGCCCCGGAGCAGCAGCUCCACUUCAACCGGCUCCAGGCUGUGUUCACCCUGCCCGGGGCUGAGUGGCAGGAAACCACCUUCUUUGGGGUGUUCCAGGCCCACUGGGGGGAUGUGGAUGUCUCAGCCAUCUGCCGGUACCACAUCCUGGAGGUGAAGAAGGCAUUUGAGGGGCCCUACAAGGAGUACCGGGAGCAGGCGCAGAGGUGGGGCCGUUACUCAGAUGAGGUGCCCAGUCCCCGGCCCGGAGCGUGCAUCACGGACUGGCACCGGCAGAACGGCUUUGCCAGCUCCCUGGAGCUGCCCGACAACACCCUGAACUUUGCCAAGAAGCACCCACUGAUGGACGAGCCGGUGCCGCCGCAGCGCGGGCGCCCGCUGCUGCUCAAGAAGGACUCUAACUUCACCCAGCUGGUGGUAGAUCGCGUGGCUGGGCUGGAUGGCACCAUCUAUGAGGUGCUUUUCAUCGGCACAGGUGAUGGGUGGGUGCACAAGGCGCUGGAUUUGGGCACUUCCAUCCACCUGGUGGAGGAGCUGCAGGUGUUCGAACCGGCACAGCCCGUGGAGAGCCUGGUGCUGGCCAGGAGGAAGAAGCUGCUCUUCGCCGGCUCCCGUUUCCAGGUGGCCCAGCUACCCCUGGCCGACUGCGGGCGGUACCAGUCGUGCACAGACUGUGUCCUGGCACGGGAUCCCUACUGCGCCUGGAGCCGGAACGGCAGCACCUGUGUCCGGAUUGAUGGGCAGAAUGGGUCCCACCUGGUGCAGGAUGUGCUGAGCUCCGACACUGGCGCCUGCUCCGUCCCUCAGGCAGCCAAACAAGGGCCCCUCACCCCCAAGAACGUGACAGUGGUAGCAGGCACCGACCUGGUGCUGACGUGCCGCCUGGGCUCCAACCUGGCACGGGCGCAGUGGACGUUUGAGGGCCGUGCUCUGCCGGCCGAGCAGGCGCUGGUGCUGAGCGACGCGCGGCUGCGGGCGCUGGUGGUGCCGGGCGCUGGUGCCCAGCACAGUGGCACAUACCGGUGCCUGGCGGAGGAGCAGGGGGCCCCCUUGGGCGCCCAGGAGUACCAGGUGACUGUGCUGGCGGGGCCCGGGGCGCCGCUAGAGGCACGGGCACCGCUGGAGAGCCUGGGCGUGGUGUGGGUGCUGGCCGUGUGCCUGGGCGCCCUGUGCCUCGUACUGCUGCUCGCUGUGCUCUCGCUGUGGCGGCGCCUGCGUGAGGAGCUGGGCAAGGGUACCAAGGCCAUUGAGAGCACCCUGGUGUACCCCAUUGAGCUGCCCAAGGAGCCACCCAGCCCCCGCUUCGUGUCCAGCGCCGCCUCCGACUCGGAUGAGAAGCUCUGGGACCCCUCCAGCUACUACUACUCGGACGGGUCCCUGAAGAUUGUGCCUGGCCACGCCACCUGUCGCAACGGCGGCCCUGGCACUGCUGCCUCGCCACCCGCUGCCAUCCCUGGGCAGCCCCUGCACUCGCCCACCCGCAUCCACCUGGGCCCCCUGCGCGGCUCCUCAUCCAACGGGUACAUCCGGCUGGCACUGGGUGCCGAGGAGCGCCCACCCUGUGCCGACCUGGCUGAGGAGCUGCGGCGGAAGCUGCAGCAGCGCCAGCCCCUGCCCGACUCCAACCCCGAGGAGUCAUCGGUCUGAGCCGGAGGGAUUGGCACCACCUACCUCAGGGCCCCACCCCAGACCCCAGGGUGGGCACCCUGGCCUAAGGACCAGCACCGGCACCCAGCUUGGGGCUGUGGGGUGGGCGCUGGCACCUGCCCUGGGGACAGGAUUGUUGCCUCAGUGCCAGUACCCGCCUUGGGAACUGAUAUAUUGGCACUGGUACUUGCCUUGGGAACAGGAUUGCCACCCUGGUACCCUCUUUGGGGACAGGAUUGCCACCCUGGUACUCAUUUUGGGGAUGGGAUUGUCACCCCAGCACCUGCUCUGGGGACAGGAUUGUCACCCUGGUGCCAGCACCCAUCUUGGGGGCAGGAUUGUCACCCCAGUGCCAGUACCUAUGUUGGGGACUGACACGCUGGCACUGGCACCUGCUUUGGGGACAGGAUUGUCACCCCAGCACCUGCUAUGAGGACAGGAGUGUCACCCUGGUGCCAGCACCCACCUUGGGGACAGGAUUGUCAGCCUGUUUGCCAGUACCUGUGUUAGGGACUGACCCACUGGCACCCACCUUGGGGACAGGAUUGUCACCUGGUACUUGCCCUGGCAGUGGGAUUCCUACCCUGGCACCACCUUGGGGACAGAAGUGUCACCCUGACACUCACCCUGGGGUGUCACAUUUGGGGUCCUGGUGCCCAUCUUGGGCCCCAGAGCCACCCUUGGUCACCACACCCGCCUUCGGUACCAUGUCCCACACAAGGGACAGACCUUGGGGACACCCCCCCCGGGCCCACGCCCCGGUGGCCCCAGGAUGUUUUUUGGGCUGAUUUCUGAACUGAUCGGGUUUUUUUCCCUGAGAACUUUUCUAUUACCCCCACCCUGUGUCCCCCUUCCCAGGGCUCUGCCCCCCUAGCCCUGGCUGUACAUCCCCUCCCAACCCCCUGCCUGCUCCCCCUGCACGGUCCCCUCCCGUUUUGUAUAACCCCUCCAGUGUAAUUUAUUUGUUACCGAAAUAUAUUUAUUUGCUGUAAAUACGUGAGUAUUUUUAUAUUAAUAAUAA